AUGCCUCGAGAAGCUGAGAUAUCGCUCAAUGAGCGCGAAUUUAUCAAGCAAGCGCUACAGGAGCAGAUACGAAUCGAUCGACGCGCGUUUGACGCCUUCCGUCCACUUGAGCUCACCUUUGGCGACGAAUAUGGUGUCGCAGAUGUUCAAUUGGGCAAGACGAGAGUCAUUGCGCGCAUUUCAGUAGACGUGACAACACCAUUGCCAGAGCGCAAGUUCGAUGGUAUCUUCCAAAUAGUCACCGAGUUCUCUCCCAUGGCUUCUCCAGCCUUCGAGGUUGGUCGUCCCACAGAUGCUGAGGUCAUCCUCUCGCGCAUACUCGAGAAAGCCAUCCGUCGCUCCAACGCUCUCGAUACCGAGUCGCUAUGUAUCAUCGCUGGCUUGAAGUGCUUCGCUCUUCGCGCAGACGUACACAUUAUCGAUCACGACGGCGGACUGAUCGACGCAUCAUGCAUAGCCGUCAUGGCUGCGUUACAGCACUUCCGACGACCCGACGUACAAGUAGAAGGCGAGAAGGCGACCAUCCUCAGUGUACGCGAGCGCGAACCAAUACCGUUAUCCAUCUUACACCAGCCGCUCUGCGUUACCUUCUCAUACUUUGAAGGAGAGAUAUUCUUGGUAGACGCAAACUUGGCUGAAGAGCAAGUCAGGCAGGGAGAGGUUAUCCUCACAAUGAACAAACAUGGCGAGAUAUGUCAGAUCGCGAAAUACGGAGGAGCCACAAUCAAUCCGCUGGCCUUGCUGAAUUGCACUAAUGUUGCACUGCAAAAGGUCAAGGAGAUGAGUGCAUUCAUUCAGAAAAGAUUGGAAGAGGAUGCCAAAGAAAGGGAUGCCGGAGGACUGAUGGCAGAGCUCAGCGCUGAGAAUGCCAGGUCUGGCCAACUGGCCAGUCUGCGACGCUUCCAAAUACUAGCAUCCUAUGCGCCGCCAGAGUUCGUCCGCCGAGCCUUUGCAUACACUAGGAAAGUUUCCAGGACGGGAUGCACCGUGGGCCCGCUGACGAUGUGGGUCGGCGAUUUGGUGGCCCCUGGCGAAGCUACCGGGAAGCCCGAAGACCAGAUCGCAAAACGCAGAUUUAGAAGUAGCAUGUGA